UUUGUCACAUGCAAUAGGGAGGGUGUUUGCUCCUGUAGUGUCUGCUGCUGCUGCUGGAACUCAUAUCUACAGUAAGAGGAGGACAAAGGGCUGUUUGCUCGGAUUUAAACGCAUGAAACUGCUGGCAUGUGUGCGCUAAGAGCUGUAGUCUGCCGAACAGUCUGCAGCGUCUCUAAACCUGUCCUGAGAAUGACCAUCCAUAACAGCUGUGUGAUAUCUGCCAGAGACUGCUCUCAGACAGGCAACAGGAGAAACACGCUAAGAUGGGACCUCUCUCCGGCUGAGAUCAGGACGGCCACUGACAGUUUGAUUAACAGAGUGAAAAAGGUUUAUGAUGACAUUGGAUCUCUAAAGAUAGAAAAUGUUUCCACUGAAAACACCCUGAAAGCCUUGGCUAAUGCCAAACUGGAUUAUGCAUCAUCACGCCAUGUCCUGGAUUUCCCUCAGUAUGUCUGUCCUUCCAAAGAGAUCCGGGCGGCAAGCACAGAAGCUGACAAGAAACUGUCCGAGUUUGACGUGGAGAUAAGUAUGAGGGAGGACGUUUUCAAGAGAAUCACUGCCCUGCAGGAGAAGUUUCAUGAGGACCUUUUACCUGAAGAAAAGCGGUUUUUAAAUAGGCUCAUUACACUGGGAAAGCAGAAAGGACUGCAUCUGUCGAAGGACAUACAAGAGGAAAUAAAAAGAACAUCAAAGCUCAUAAGUGAACUCUCCAUCGAGUUUAACAAGAACCUGAAUGAGGACACCACAUUUCUGGUCUUUUCUGAGCACGAGCUGGGUGGACUAGCUGAUAGCUAUCUGAAUGGCUUGGACAAAACAGCAGAUGGGCGCUAUAAAGUGACGCUCGAGUAUCCCCAUUACUACCCCCUCAUGAAGAGGUGUCACAAUCCGGAGACCAGGAGGAAGAUGGAAACAGCUUUUCACAGCAGGUGUAAAGAGGUAAACACAGGGAUCCUGGAGCAGCUAAUACAGCUGAGGGCAAAGGUGGCAGACUUACUCGGUUACAGCAGCCACGCAAACUAUGUGCUGGAGAUUAACAUGGCCAAGAAUGCCAACAAUGUGUCUGACUUUUUAGAUACUUUUUAUGAAACCCUGAAGCCCAUUGGAGUCAAAGAGAGGAAAUACAUCCUGGCUCUGAAGAAGAGGGAGUGUUUGAUGAAGGGCCUCCAUUUUGACGGACAGAUCAACGCCUGGGACUUACCGUACUACAUGAACCAAGUGGAGCAGUGCAAGUUUGCGGUGAACAAGGACAAACUGAUCGAGUAUUUCCCUCUCGACGUGGUGACAGAGGGACUCUUUGGAAUCUACCAGGAGCUGCUGGGUCUCGCUUUCGCAGAGGUGGAGCACGCUCAUGUGUGGCAUGAAAAUGUGAAGCUUUACUCAGCGCAGGACACGGAGACAGGAGAGGAGAUUGGACAGUUCUACUUGGACCUACAUCCAAGGGAAGGAAAGUACGGUCAUGCAGCAUGCUUUGGGCUGCAGCCAGGCUGCAAAGGUCCUGAUGGAAAACGCCAGCUUCCAGUUGCAGCCAUGGUGGCUAAUUUUACCAAGCCCAGGAAAGGUUUUCCAUCUCUCCUUCAGCACCAUGAAGUGGAGACAUACUUUCACGAGUUUGGUCACGUCAUGCACGAGAUCUGUUCGAAGACCAUGUUUUCAGAAUUCUCCGGCACCCUGGUGGAGACAGACUUUGUGGAGGUGCCCUCACAGAUGCUCGAGAACUGGGUUUGGGAGAAGGAGCCCCUGAGGAGAAUGUCUCGCCACUACAAGGACGGCACCCCGAUCCCAGACAAUCUGCUCGACAAAUUGAUCGCAUCCAGAGUCGCCAACACUGGACUGAUGAACCUGCGUCAGGUCGUCCUCAGUAAAGUGGAUCAGACACUGCACACCAGCUCACAAGCAGACUCGGCUGAGGUGUUCGCAAAUCACUACAAAGACAUCCUGGGCGUCCCUGCUACACCAGGCACCAAUAUGACAGCCAGUUUCAGCCACUUGGCUGGAGGAUAUGACGGUCAGUACUACAGCUAUCUGUGGAGUGAAGUCUACUCUUUGGACAUUUACUUCAGCCGUUUUAAAAAGGAGGGAAUUAUGAAUCCAAAGGUGGGAAGAGAGUACAGGAGGGUGAUCCUGGAGGCCGGUGGCUCAGUGGAUGGGAUGGACAUGCUGAAAUCAUUCCUUGGACGAAACCCACAACAGGACUCUUUCUUUCAGUGCAAAGGACUGAUAAAGUCUGAGGAAACAAAAAUGGUGUAAUUUUUAAAAAUAUUAAGUUUAUUUUUGUCGUUAUAUCAAAGUUUAUUCAAACUACUGACUGUAGAAAAAAUAUCAGUGCUUCAAUUGUUUUGUUAGUUUUUUUUUCUACUUGAUGAUUAGUGCUUGUCAAUAGUUAUUAAAAUGUACAGUCCUUGUAAUAAAAUGUACAGUAGACUUUUUCAAAAGCAUACGUUGUACCAUUUUAUAGUGAGAGAUAAUAUUUUUCUGAUAUGAAUUUCUUGUACUUAAGUGUCCCAGUAUUUCAAAGCAGUGAAAGUAAAGCAAACAGACAGUAUGAAAUAAACAUUAAAUAAAGCAGUUCAAUUUUCA